AUGGAUUUCAGCAACGCGACACGUGUGGACGAUCAAUUGGGGCCGGCGUUCGCAGUAUUGGAGAGCAGCCUCGUCGUACAGUGCGUCGUGGCCAUAGCUGCGAUAUGUGUUUGCACGAGGAUAUGGUCGUCGCACGUCUUCAGAUCCAUCAAGUACGGCAAAGGCCACAAUGUCUUACCACCAACACUGCCGUAUUGGAUUCCGGGACUUCGACAUGCUCUCUCGAUGGCGAACGAAUACGGUGACGGCUCACCCUUCUUCCUCGACGGCGCAGGCGAAAGAUUGCUCUUCAUCCUUGACCCCGAGCACAUCAAAGGCGCGCUCAACAAUUCCGCCGAACUAGACCCCAACCCCUUCAUCCACGACAAGAUCAUGGGCGCACUAAUGAGCAGUCCCAAAGCCGCCAUCGACUACUACAACUCACCAGAAAGCAACACGGACUACAUCCAAACUACGCACAUCCGGCAACACACCACUGGCUCCAAUCUCGGUCUCCUCGUCCAACGCCUCUUCGAUGUCAUGAGGCGCACCAUCUCCGAAACCCUCGCCUCAACCCCCGAUGGGACAUGGCACGAAAUCCCCGAUCUUUACGCUUUCCUCGAAUACCACCUCUCCUACGGCAUAACGGAAACACUACUUGGAAGCUCGAUUAUCGAAUCCUACCCAGAAAUCAUAACAGACCUUUGGGUUCACAUAGAAGCCACAGAUCACUUCUUCAUGGGCCUCCCCCGCUUCGUCAUCCCAAAAGCAUACGCCGCCCGCGACCGCCUCCUCUCCGCAAUCCGCACCUGGACCAUCAAGUCCGAGGCUCUGCGUCAAGCCAACGCUGUAAACACUGUGUGGGACCCCGUGGCAGGUUCGGGCCUUCUUCAAGAGCGCGAGAAACUGUACAGCGGAAUGCCUGGCCACGGUAUCGAAGGCCGAUCCGCUCAAACUCUCGGUUUGCUCUACGGAGGAACCAGCCUAACCGUGCCCGUCACAUUCUGGUAUCUGUUCGAAACGCUGCGGAACCCGGAACUACAACAGCGUGUGUUGUCUGAGAUGAAGGACCACGUAGACGAGGAGACAAAAUUGUACAACUUCAUGCAACUCACAUCGCGCCCGCUAUUCCAGAGCCUCCACGCCGAGACAACACGAAUGUAUAGUUCCAACCUCGCGGUUCGAGAGGUUACGAGUGACGUGUGGAAAUUAGAUGGGAAAUACAGUGUACCGAAAAGAACCCAAGUCUUCAUCAGCCAUAAAUUCGCCGGCCAAUUCACCCAGGGCUGGAAGUCCAUCCGACCUCAAACUGUUGCCAAGCCUCUAGAUACCUUUUGGCCUGAUCGGUAUAUCGUUGGUAAUGCUGGUGAUGAGAAGAGAGAAAAGUUCAGCGACGCAGGUCUAAGCGGUAGUUGGACUAGUUUCGGUGGCGGCGAACAUAAAUGCCCCGGUAGGCAUUUCGCACGCAAUAUCGGCAUUGUGACACUAGCGGUAUUGAUGGGGGUGUUUGAGAUUGAAGUGAGUGAUUUGGAGAGAGCGAGGAGGCUGGAUCCGGGGAAUAAGAGGAAGGCGUUUGGGACAAUGAGGCCGAGAGAGGGGAUUGCGGGGAGGGUUAGGCGGAGGGUUUAG